UCUCAAUCACUGAACUGUCUGAAUUCAGCUGCACUUGCAGUUAACAAAAAAGGGUGCAGUGUAAUCUUCUCCAUACCUCCUCUAUUAUUUUGUUCAGUGUGAAGAUGCAGGCUGCUGCACUUUUGAUGUGCCUUCUGGGCUACACUCUGGCUGCCCCAGCCCCAGAGAGUGGCAGCAGUGAGCAAAUUGCAGCCCAUGCCAACACUGCUGUGCAGUUGAUGGAGCUGUACAGGAUGCUAGGCAGGCAGGGACUUGGAGCAGAUGUCCCAGCACUACCUGUGGCACCAGCCGAGGCCCAAAUGGCACCAUUGUUCAGUCAGCCAGCAGCUCCUCUAAACUCUGAUGAGGAGGAGGAAGGGCCUCAGGUUGCCUUAGGUGCUGCCCCCGCAGCCCCCCUGAACUCUGACGAGGCGGAGGAGACGGAGGGUGCGGAGGCCGAGGGUGCAGAGGCCGAGCCCGCCGCUGAGGCUGGAGCCGAAGCUGCUGCCCCAGACGCCGCAGCGGCCCCCGCUGAGCCCGUCGUGGUGGAGGUGGACGUCGCCGCAGCUCCCGUCGAUGCUGCCGCUGCCCCCGCCGGCCCCAUGGUGGAGGUGGACGUCGCUGCUGGCCCCGUGGCUGUGGAGGUUGACGUGCCUGUUGCCGUGGACACCGCCGUUGCCGUGGAUGCCGCUGCCGCCGACGCCGUCGCCUUGGCCUCCGCUGCCGUGGCGGCUGUGGACCCCUCCCUCCAGGGCGCCCCACUGGCAGUGGAGAUUGACACCAACCCGGCCCCAGCGGCAGUCCUGUAGAUGGGGACUCAGCACACCGGGCGUCCUUCCGAGCUCCCACCUGAGACCAGUCGGCCUCAAGGGUGGGCUGCAGCAAAGAUGACAUAAGCCGGGAGCCUUUGGAUAAAUGCAUGUGAAUCUGAACCUCAUGCAAUGUUUGACACAGUAGAUUAAAUGGCUAUAGGGCAUUUGCUAUGGGACCUUGGAAAGGACUCUGUGAUUCGGUGGUGCUGUCCUACAGUCUAGAUUUGAUGACCUUUCACCUUCUGUAACCACCCUUCUCUUUCUGCAAAUAAAUA